UUUGUUUACAGUUUCACUUAAACAUGGCCACCUUAGCAACCGUAGGAUACGCUGAUACACACGGCUGGUAUGAAGAGGGAGACUCCGGUGUCCAGCAGCCCUGCAAAUCAUCCCUGGUCAGCGGUGACAGGCUGGAUGACAGGCUGGGCAGACGGAGAGCCACACAGUUUCUCAGGGAAGCCGAGAAGAACAGGAGGCAAAUUGAAAAGCUGGAGAAAGAGAGGGCGUGGAGUGUUCAGUGCAGAAAGAAUGGCUGGACAGAUGUAUCUGGAGACCUGGAAGAAUAUGAGAAGGUGCUGGAGGAAAAUAGAAAUGCUGAGAAAAUUAGUCUUCAAAACCAACUGGUGAAGAUUCAUAAUGGUGUGAGGAAGUUUCAGAGACAGCUUAUAGAUGUGAAGCCAACUCCUGAGUUGAUUGAAAGACUGAAGGAAAUAAUGUCAGAGGUGGAAAUCUCAAUCAGCACCAUGAGAGAGGAGCAGCGCAUAUGCUUUGAGGAACUUCUGAAGGAGGAGAGGACAUGCAGACAGGAGAUCACUGCUUAUGAGAAGAAGCUAGAAAACUGGAACUUUGCUGUCAAAUCAGACACUAAACUACCCACUGCUCCUAAGACCAGACCCCAGGACAGAGACCUUUCUGCAGAGGUCAGAGCACUGGAGGUUUUCCUGCAGAAAACUGGAGGCUUUUAUGGGGGCUGGGACCAGUAUGACCACCAAGCCUUUCUCAAAGUCUGGACAAAGCACAGUGGGCAACCAGACUACAGGAAAGAGGCUAAACUGUACCUGCCUGGUAAAACAUUGGAGGAGAUAGAGCAGCAUGAGGACUGGCAUCAGGAACUGCUUCACCUACAGGACAGAAAGAGAAAGGCUAUUCAGCAGUGGAAAGCCAGGAAAAAUCAAGAGCGCCAUACCAGGAUACAGAGUCAGGAGGAGGCAGAGGAGGCACAAAGGAGGGAGAAUGAGGCCAAGAAACAGGCCCAGCAACAACGGACUGAGGAGCAGAGGAAGGAGGCAGCACAGCGAUUAGAGGAGUGGAGAGAAGAGAAGAGAAGAAAGGAGGAGCAGGAAGAGGAGCAGAAGUUGGCUGAGGAGAUACAAAAAAGGAGGCGGGCAAAGGAAGAGCUUCGUCGUCAGCUGGAAGUGAAGCUGAGCAUUGAGGAGCAGCUACAACUGAAGAGAGAGGAGGAGGAGGAACAGGAGAAGAGGAGGCAGGAGGAAGAACAGAGGGAGAGGGAUAACAGGAGAAGGGAGGCAGCAAAGAGCAUCAAACGCUUCACUGAAAGGGAUAUUCACAAGGUGGAGGCAAAGCUUCAGGAGAAACAACUGAGGGAGAAAGAAGAGGAGGAAAGACAGAAGAGAAUUUCUGCUAAGUUGAAGGAGAAGGUGGAUGUUCACAUUAGCAGAGACCCCUCCAGACUGACUCGUCCCACUAAGGGAUGGGAGGAGCGAAUGAAACACAUCGGACCUUCAGGAGGAGGGCCUGUGCUACAAAUGUUUCACAGAGCUGUUCCCAGUUGGAGACAAGGGCUGUGAUGAGUAACAACAGAAGCCAACGGUGCUGUCCUGAAACACAUUCACAAAUCAAAAUGUACACAGUGGGACCUCAAUAUCAGAUUGUGCCUUUAUUUGAAACCACAAUGUGCUGAUGUUU